GUCCGGGGCCGCCCGCUUCACUCCCCCCAGCAGCGUCGAAGCGAGCAGCGGGACAGUGAGCGAGGGUCGCCGCGCCGGGGGUGUUUGUGUCCGCUGCCGCCAGCAUGAUGGAGCUUGAGGCGCCGCCCGCCCCGCAGGACGUGAACUUGGUUGACAUUCUUUGGAGGCAAGAUAUAGACCUUGGGGCAAGACGUGAAGUUUUUGAUUUUAGUCAAAGACAGAAGGAGUAUGAACUCGAAAAGCAGAAGAAACUUGAAAAGGAGAGACAAGAACAACUCCAAAAAGAGCAAGAGAAAGCUUUACUGGCUCAGCUGCAGCUGGAUGAAGAAACAGGUGAAUUUAUUCCCAUUCAACCUGCCCAGCACAUUGAGUCAGGCAACACAGGCAUGCCAACCAAUUUUUCAAAGACUACACAUAUUUCAAAACCAGAAGCAGAUGCCUUGUCCUUUGAUGACUGCAUGCAGCUUUUGGCAGAAACAUUCUCGUUUGUAGAUGAUAAUGAGGUUUCUUCAGCUGCAUUUCAAGUGCUAGUACCUGCUCAUAUAGAUAACGACCCAAUCUUCAUUACUUCUAAUCAGACUCAGCCACCUGAAUCAUCAGUCCUUCAAUCUCCUGUCACUGAUGUAGAUAAUAUGGAAAACAUAGAGCAAGUUUGGGAAGAAUUACUGUCCAUUCCAGAACUACAGUGUCUUAACAUUGAAAAUGAUAACCUGGCUGAAGUAACCACUAUUGCAAACCCAGAAACCAAGCCAUCAGAGAUUCACAGUAACUUCUACAACUCAUUACCCAUUACUGUUAAUUGCAAUUCAGAUUUCCUCAACACUUUUGAGGAUUCCUUUUCUAACAUCCUACCACCAGAAGACCUCAGCCAGCUGAGAGUGGCCUCUUUAGAUACCACUUCAUGUUUAAGCUCCAACUUUUCUGAAGAUUUCUACUCCACCUUUGUUGAUCCAAAGGUGAAUGGUGACACAGCAGCACCAAACAUUGUCAACAAGUCAUUUGCUGAAGUUCCAUAUGAACCUAUUGAUAUUUCUGAUUUCUCACUGUGUAAAGCUUUUAAUGGUGACUAUCAGGGAAAUCCACCAGAAUGUAAUGAUUCUGACUCUGGUAUCUCAUUGAAUGCACAUUCCAGUAUUGCAUCCCCUGAACAUUCUGUUGAAUCAUCUGUUUUUGGAGAUGCAGCUUUUGGAUACAGUGAUUCUGAAAUGGAAGAAAUGGAGAGUGCUCCUGGAAGUCUGCAACAGAGCAAUGCUCAAACGUAUUCAUUGCAGUUCCAUGAUCCAGUCCCUCCUUCCCUAGGGCCAAGCACACACAAGUCUGAUCUGCAAUGUGUAAACACACCAAAGAGAGAACUACCUGCCAGUCCAGGCCACACCAAAGCUCCAUUUACAAGAGAUAAACCUUCACGCUACCUUGAAGCUCAUUUCACAAGAGAUGAGCAAAGAGCAAAAGCUCUGCAUAUCCCUUUCUCUGUAGAAAAAAUCAUCAACCUUCCUGUGGAUGACUUCAAUGAAAUGAUGUCUAAGGAGCAGUUCAACGAGGCCCAGCUUGCACUUAUUCGUGAUAUACGCAGGAGAGGCAAGAAUAAAGUGGCUGCUCAAAACUGCCGUAAAAGAAAACUGGAAAACAUCGUGGAACUGGAGCAAGACUUGGGUCAUUUAAAGGAUGAAAAAGAUAAAUUGCUCAAAGAAAAAGGAGAGAAUGACAAAAGCAUCCGUCUAAUGAAAAAGCAGCUUACCAACUUGUAUCUUGAGGUCUUCAGCAUGCUACAUGAUGAAAAUGGAAAGCCUUACUCUCCCAGUGAAUACUCACUGCAGCAAACAAAAGAUGGCAGCAUCUUCCUUGUUCCUAAAAGCAAGAAGCCAGAGACUAAAUUUUGACAGGCAAGGAAGCUAACUGGCUUUGACAGAGCUGGUAUUUUUAUUCUAAUAGCUUUUACUGUGAUGUGAAAUGCAGAAUUGUCAUAUUUUAAAGUGAUUUAUGCAAAUAUAUAUCUAAAGUUAAUAACUAGUAUAUUAAAUACACAAGUUAAACUAUUAGUGCAAUGCAUAUGUAUGCAAAAUGUGUAAUCUCAUUUUUCUAACAGUCAAUAUUUCCUUCUUUAUAGCUCCACUUUGGCUAGUUUCUGUAUGAGUGUAAAUAUUUAAAGACAUCUUAUUUAUAUACUGUUUUAUCUCAUCUGUUAUAUUCAUAGAUUUAUAUGAAAAUAUAUAUAUAUGAUUUUAGCUGGCUAAAUACAGUUGGUCUUGCAACAAAUUGUAUUCAGACAAAUUUUUAUAAAUAUAAAUUGAAUGUUCACCACUUUUCUUAUAUAUUUUUAUUUGCUUUACAUUUAAAAUAAACUUUAAUUUAGUAUACAAGUUGAUGAUAAAGUAUAUUAUUUUGAUUUG